AUGUCGUCGCUCUUUAGGCUCGGCGCCCGGAAGGCUUCGUCGCAUUGUGGCCGAUUGUCCACUCGAUCACCACUCACGAUUCCGUCACCGUCAUACUGGCGGCCCUCACCGAAGCUUGCCGGUGCUCUUCUAGCUAGCCCUGUCCAGCGUCCAUCGCACCCGUUUCCAGUCGCGUUCUACGCCUCCCAAAGCGGCGGCAAGACUCCAAGCUCGACCGCAGCCAAGAUCGCCGCCAAGAUCCCAACACUCCCCAAAAGCUUGCACGAGGAUAUUUACACGAUCCCCAACCUUCUGACGCUAUCACGUCUAGCCGCUGCGCCUUUUGUCGGCUACUUCAUUCUCCACGACCAACAUGCAUGGGCUCUGGGUCUAUUCGCAUAUGCUGGCAUCACCGACCUGUUGGACGGAUGGAUCGCCCGUCGUUGGAAACUACAGACCGUGGUCGGCACUGUCAUUGAUCCCAUGGCGGACAAGGCACUCAUGACCAUCCUGACGGUAUGUCUGGCUGCUCAGGGCUCCCUUCCAGUCUGGCUAGCCACCAUCAUUCUCGGCCGCGACGUCGGACUCGCCAUAUCUGCCAUUUACUACCGCUGGAUCUCUCUCCCAGCCCCCAAGACGUUUGCACGAUAUUGGGACUUUUCUUUGCCCUCGGCUGAGGUCCGUCCCACGACGAUCAGCAAGUACAACACGUUUCUCCAACUGGCCCUCGUUGGCCUCACGACCGCGGCCCCUGUUCUGACUUACGACCUGUCCUCGCCGCUCACCAUUAUGCAGUAUGUCGUCGCUACCACUACGAUCUGGAGCGGGGCAAGUUACAUCUAUACCAAGGACGCAGUCAAAAUUCUGUCCGCGCCCAGGAAGCCAACGACCAAGGUUUAA